AUUUCAAUGAUAUUUAUUUCAAUAAUAUUAUUUCCUUGAAACAUACCUUAUAUUUUCCAAUUCAUACAUAUUCUAAAAUAUAUUUCUUCCAAUGACCAUUUUCCUCAAAAUACUUAUUCCAAUGGUUUAUUGUUUCAAAAAAUGUGGAACCAAGCUUUUUAGAACAUUUUGUUUAUGGAACAAGAGCUAAUUUCCCAUUCGACAUUCAUUCACCCAACGCCAUAAUCUUAUCAUUUCCAGACAAUAGCUUAUCACCUUAGAAGAACAUAAUAUUAUGUAUAGUUAAAUAUUAAAAACAAGAAUAUUUGAAAGAAUAUAUUAAAAGUUUUUUUAUAGAAUAUAAUAAAAUACCAUUUAAUGUUUAAUCAUACCAUAAAUUCUUAUUUAUUUUAAUGUCUAAAAACGAACAUUUUACUUAUUUUUGUGUUUGUGGUCAAGCUUAUAAAAACAAAUCUCUAGUUCGCAAACAUGUAAGUGUUUGUAAAUAUGUUCAAAACCAGUAUAAUCUUGAUGUUAAUUAUCCAGUAAAAGAAGAUUUAUUACAACUAUCAAAUAUAAAAUGUGAAACGCAAUCUGUUAAUCAUAACCAAAGUACUUAUAAGGAUCAGAAAAUUGAACGAUUUAAAUGCGGAUGUGAAAAACGAUUUAAGUCUAAAGGUGGUUAUUACAGACACAUAAAAAAAUGUAAAUUACGCCCAGAACACCAAGUUGUAACUGGCAAAACUAAAUGCAAUGAACCUGAAUGUUUAUUAACAUUCAAGUACAUUAGAGACUUUCGUCAACAUUUAACUGAAAAACAUGAAAUACAAUUUGAUGUUGAAGAUAAAAAGUUCAAUAAAUAUACUGGUAAUUUUAAUUUAAUUUGUGUUAUUUAUUUUGUAUGAAAACUUAAUUUAAAUUAUUAUGAAUGAUUUAUAUAAAUAAUUUUGUCUGUUUAAAAAUUUACUUAUCUACAAGAUGUCCAUUUUUCAAAAUUGUUGAAAAGGAAAAACCAUAGAUAGGUAUAUAUUAUAUUCAAGACUAAUGGGACUUAAUGCCUAGAAUUGAUUGAUCCAGACAAGUCCAUAUUACUGUUUUCUCUGAAAAAGUCUGAAUAAACAAAAAUUAAUUUUCUUCAACAGAGUAGUAUCAUUAUUAAUUUUUUUUUAAAAUUUGUUUCAAGUUAAACCAAAAUUAAUUUUACACCAUCAGGUCUCGUACUGUAUUUUCAUUCAUACGUUGAGAACUUUUAUUAACAAAUUGAAUGACCGGCUGGGACAUGCUCUUAAAACUGGGGGGCGAAUGGCAAGCCUAAUUAUAGGUACUUAAUUCUCAUAUAUGUUUAGGUUUUUUGGAUACACUCAACUUUUAUUAUAAUUCUGAAAUGUUUUAUCUAUCAUAUUUUCUUUGGGCGUAGAUUCAAUACUUCUUUUGGCAAAUUACUAUUUCCCUGAAAACUUAAGAAGAUGUAUUUUUGAAUUUUGUAAUUGGUUUUUCAUAUUUUCUUUCUUUGUUUAUUCAACAACACUAAUGUAUAGACAGUGGUGUCAUUUUAAUUUUUUUUUUAAUAUGCAUGUGAUUACGCAUGCCACAAACCUUGUUUAGAAUUAUCAACACAACAAAAAUGAAAUAAUCCACAUAAUAUUUUAUAACAUAUAUAUUAAACCAUAUAAUUUUUUUAUUAAUUAUUAUAUAUUAAUAUAUUAUAUUAUAAUAUAAUAUAAUAAUAUGUAAUAAUAUAAUAUAUUAUUACUAAUAUAUUAAUAUAAACACCCUAAAGGGUAAAUGUACAAAUAUCAAUAAUUACAAUAUUAUUAUUAGGUAGUUACUGAAAACUAAAUUAAUUAAAAGCAUUAAAAAUAUUAAUGUUUAGUUCAGAACAUGUAUUAUAAAAAAAAAAUUAUAUUAAACAUCAAGUAUUAACUAGGGCCCAGAAUGUGAUGCAUUUACAUCUUUUUUUAUAAUGUUUACAUUCAAUCCUAGUCUUUAUAGAAAUUUGACUUAAUCAUGCAGAAUUCAAUAGUACACAAUUCACUAGGCAUUUUUUCAGUAUUAUUUUUUUAUUAAUUAUGGUGUAUUUUAUGCAUUGUCCUACUAUUUGUAGGUUUAUUUACAUUUUCUUUGUUUAAAAUCUGGCCUAUACAUUGUACAUACAUAAUGACGAGCAGUACACAAAUACUGAUGGAAUAGAUGGGGAAGAGAUGGGUUGAGGAAGCACCAGUGCAUACAGUACAUUUUCAGCUUGCCUCAACUUAAAGCACAAUAUGCUCUCACAUGUGGCGUUAAAUGUACAAAAUUUAAUAUUUAUUUGUCUGAAUACCUAAUUUUAAUUUAACUUCCUUUUUACAGUUUAAUUAGUACAAAAAUAGAAAACAAGCAAAAGAUAAAAUAUUUAUUUUAAGGAAGAUAAAAGGUUCAUAGAAUUAUAUUUGUUAAUUACAUUAUUAAUUUAUUGUUAUUUUUUUAAAAUCAGUUUUUGAAAGCAUUGAUGAAUUUUAUUUCUUUUUUUCAAAUAAAAUAAUCAUUUUUUUCGUGUAAUUUGUUUAUAUUUUCAGGUUACCAUGUUCUGGGUCCUAGUAAUAAUUAAAUAAUGAAGUUUCAUUCACCAACCAUCACAAUUAUAAAGAACUUGAUAAUCAUGAACAAUGUCUAUAUAUAAUAUCUUAAUCAUGUUUUUAAUUUAAAAAUAAAAUAUGUAGACUGGUAUUGCUCAAGCCAUAAGAAUAUUUGAGAUUGUACGCAUGUAGCAAGCUUAAGUUGUCUAAAUUGUACUUUAGAGAAGUCAUUUUUUGAUUUUCGACGCCAUUUUUUAAAUAAAAGCACUUAAGUGGGAAAAUAACAUAUAAUUUCACUAUUUCAUUAUUUUACAAAAAUACAGAAGAUGUUUUCUACCAAAAAAAAAUGAUUUAAUUGAAAAAUCACAUGAUACCUUUUUUGUUGACUAUUUGAUUUUUUGAGGUAAUUUGGUUAUAAAUAUACAUAGAUACUUGAAACUUGGUAAUAAUACUUAUAUUGGAUUUACCUAGACGUGGUCAAAUUUCCAAAAUCAUAGGAUGACUUUUUUUUUUAAAUUAGUGUUUUGAGAUUAAAUUUAAACAAAAAUCGCAAAAAAAUAAUACGACACUUCAAAUUAUAUAUUACUGAAUUGUGCUUGGAAUCAAGCAUUGGUUUAUUGUUGCUUACAGAUACUAAUGAAAUAACUUUAUUUAUCCUACCUUCCCAACUUCUCACCUACAACAGUAGUCACUCUCGUCUCCAGUACCAGCUUAUUUUUUUUUUUUCUAGAUGCAAUAUAAAAUUUAAAAUUGUUUUAAUAUUAUGUCUAUUUCAUUUAUACCAUAAUAUAUCAACAAUUAGAAUUUCAAAGUAAAAUAAAGUAAUUUAUCUAUUCAAAAUUUGAAUUGCGAACAAUUGCUUAAAGUUGUUAUACUAAUUUAUAUUGAAUAUAUUGUUUAUUUACUUUUUCAGAAUUUUUACGUUGGAAAGAAAACUAUGAAACAAAAACUUGCAGUUGCUAUUAUCAUCGUAAAACUGAAACACGUAGUGGACGUAAAGUAGAAUAUUGGUAUUGUAAUCGUUCAGGUAUGUAUCAAAGUUCAGCACACAGUCGAAGGCGAAAAUUAAAAUCACAAGGGAUUCUUAAAAUCAACAACAAUUGCACAUCUUCAAUGACGCUAACUAUAAAUGAAAUUGAGGACACAGUUCAAGCUAGGAUAUAUCAUACCCAUUAUGGACAUGAAGCCGAAUUAAUACAUUUACGAAUUCCUAAAACUGAUAAACAAGAGAUAGCUUCUAAACUAUUAGAAGGUGUUAAAAUUGAAGACAUAUUGUUGAUGUAUAAAGGAGAUGGUUCAUCUAAACCCCUUGAACGGAAACAUUUAAUAAAACGUAGAGAUAUAUUAAACAUUUCAAGAAAGUAUAAUGUCAAAAUUUUAUUGCCUAAAUUAAGACAAACUUCUAAAAAUAAAUAUGAACUUAUUCAAAAAAUGAUUGAAACAUCUCCUAAUGUAUCCCUAUAUACUUUGGAGAAUAAUAAAAGACAUAUUGUUGCAUCACAACUCUCGUUAUCAUUAGUACAUCCAAUUUAUGAAAAUGCUUGGAAAAUUUCUAUGGGAAAUAAUUCAUCUACAACUUCCUCUUUUAAUAUCUAUAACGAAUAUAUCUAUCAUGUUACUAAAAAUAAAUUAUCAUGUAACGAAAAUUGUACAUCAUAUUCCUGUUGUAACAUAUGCUAUCAUUCAUACUCUUGUACAUGUAAUGAUUUUUUAUCAAAAAAGAUAAUAUGCGAGCAUAUUCAUUUGGUUGUACUUUAUCAAGCAACUCCACAGACUUAUCAGUGUGAAGAUAAUAAAGACAAAUGUUUACAUUUUAAUACAGAUCAUACAUCAUAUACACAAAAAAGUAUAAAAUCUUCUAGUCUAACACGAUCUACUGAAAACGUCCAUUUAAGUAAAGAUAUUACAGAAAAUAUUGAUUAUACAUUUAACAAACAAAAUAGAAAAUCAGAAAAACUUAAAAACCUGAAAAGUAGAGUGGAAAAAAUAGUGUUGGAGACACUACAAAAAGUCAAUGAAUGUAGUAAUUGUGAUUUAUUAGAAAAUAUAGAGAAACAAAUGACUAAUAUAGCAUGCAAUUUAAAUACAGACUUAAUAGAGAGGAAAACAAAAAGUAAUGAAAUGAAAACCAUUGUUCCAGAAAAAAAUAUUGAAAUGUAUUAUGUAUAUUGAAUAAUAAAAUACUGUAUAAAAUAAAAAUAUGAAAAAAACUUUGGCUUGGAGUAUUCUAUAAGAAUAAUGGUUAUUUUAGAUUAUUAUUUUAUGUUCCUGUAUUUUAAUGGUGUGUCCAGUAAAAAAUGUAUGAACAUUUUUUAACUUUUUCAUUUAAUAAAUAAAUAAAUAAUUCAUAAAUAAGAAUGAUUUAAUUUUAAAGAUAUUAUUUUACAUUUCAUAUUUAUGUACUUCUUAUUUUUUUAUAAAUUAACUUUUGAAGUAAACAUUGGAUGUUAUUUGAUUCAUUAUUAGUUAUUACAUUUGAAAGAUGGUACAAAUAUAAAAUAGGAAACAUUAGACUUUAUUAUUUAGUGUUGAUCUAUUCUAUCCAAUGCUUCUAUUGUAAGAACGCUAUCUCCUCUUAUUACCUGUAAAAAAUAAAAAUAUUUGUAAGUAAUUCAUACGAAAAUUUAAGGAUAUUAAUUAAGUAAUAUUAACAUACCACCAUGCCAAUACUAUUAACAAUACCAUCUUUGAUUUUUUCUACAGUUUCAUCUAAAACAAGGUUCAUAAAUGGGUCAAAGCCACGUAGUACUCCAGAAACUUGUCUAUUGGCAUUUAGUUUCA